CACAUUAUGUUACUAUCACUGGAGAUUACGGCUCCAAAUAAAUAAAAGAUAUAAAAGUUCAUCUCGAGAGAACAGAGAGGAUUUGUCCAGGAUGAAAUUCCCAGUGGAUUUAUUGGCCACUGUGGAGCCUGAAGCCCUGGAGCAGUCAGCGAAAGACUACAUGUCUAAACUGCUCUACAGAAAUCCAGAAAUACAUGAGUUCCUCAGUUUACCUGACUCUAGUGAGGUGGAAAUUAGCCUUUGUAAUGUGAGCUUUGUGCCCUUAUAUGGAGUUGACAUUAAACAGAAGGUCCUUGCACUGUUCUCACCAGAAGACCGUUUCAAAGCUGUUGGACUCUAUCUGCUGGGUCAGUGGUGGUCAGCUGAGGAUAUUCUUAAAACAGCAGACUCCUCAAGAACAGGACUGCUCGAGGUCAGAACUCCUGGAGACAGGAUCGUCCUAUAUGUUCUCAAUAGGAUUAUAUACAGAACGAAGGAGAAAGCCAGUGAUGACAUCCACUUCCUGUGCCAUGAAGAACAUGCAGUUGCCAAAAUCUUCUGGAAAAGUGGCGAAGCUAUUGGCUUUUACUCAGUCAAACCUGAGGGCAGCUUAUGCAGCAGCUUCGUGACACAGUGCUAUCAGCUUCCUAUUAUGGAUACAAUAUUCAUCAGGAAACAUCACCGUGGCAAUGGAUAUGGCCUACAAAUGCUUGAAGAUUUUGUCAGGAGUUUCAAAAAAGAGUGUCUGGGUUUGAAAUACCCACUUUCACCAGCAAUGUAUAAAGUUUGUAAAAACUAUCUCAGCACUUAUCCAGCAGACAAAGAGCUGCUGUGGGAGGUAGAGGGUAUAGGAGGUCUAUUCCAGAGAACUCUAAUAGCUAAGAAGCUACAGACAAUGGAGCUAAAGGGGGAUCAUCAAGUUGUGGGCAGGUUGAAUUUUGAGACAGAAAGCACUGAUGUCCCAAUGGAAAAAGUAAUGACACAAGUGCAGAAAACCAUGGAGUACACUGUGGAGGUUGUGGAGGAGGUUGUCCAGAUUAAAAUAAGAAAAGAGGUGCAGGACACACCUGUUACAACACGUGGUCAAAGCAGCAAUCUGAAACGAAAAAAGCUUGGAGAAGAAGCUGGAGCGACAACUGACAAAAUCAUUAGGGUGGAGGACAUUGAGGCUGCAGUUCAGUCACCACUGGAUGAGUCGAUGGCAGAAGUUGUCAGAAGUUCUCUGAACAUAACAGAGAGUAAUUUAAAGGAAACAGCUUUCACUGUGACUCAUGGUGAGGAAAAUGAAAUGGAUGUUGUUCAUGUUCAUUGUGAAGAACACAAAGAACUGUCCACUGAAUCUGAAGAGAGUGUGCUGGAGGUUUGUGCUUUAGCCAAACCUAUCACAGUGCAGGCUACAGUAACUCCAGAGGAAGCUCAAGAGAAAACAGGGUUGACUUCUGUAGCAGAAAUCCAGAGUCUGAAGAGCAGUGAGGAAACACGAGUAGUGAAAUCGUUUGAAGCCACUGUUGGUCUGGUUGAUCUUCAACCUGUAGAACUUCAGCAAGUGGUAGAGGUGGAGAUUGUUAAGAUGACAUCAGGAAUUGAAGAGGUAAAAGAAAAAAAUGAAGACGUUACAGGGACUAAAGAUGGUAAAGGUGAGGUUGAGGAGGAGAUAGCUGAAAAGACUUUGGUAGCUGCAACUAAUGUAGUAGAGGAGGCAAGAGCAGCACAUGAAGAAAUAACAUGCAUGCAGAAACCUAGCCAACAGACAGAACUUGAUCUUAAACCAGUCCUUAUGGAAGAGAGUACAACCACAGAAAUAAGAGUCCUGAAAAAAAGCAGUAGAGUAAGCAAUGCAAUCCCUCAGCAGAAAUCCACUCGGCUCCACGAUGAACUUCAGGUAGCCAUCAAACUGUGUCCAUCUGAGGCUAAAGCUGCACCCAAAGAAAGAUCCACAGGAAGGAGCAAAGCAGUGCAGCAGGAGGAAAGUGCACAAGCAGUGGGCCAACCUGAAAAUGAAGAGGACCAGGAAAUGAGAAAAAAGGCAAAGAAUGAAAAGCAAGAAGUUGUAGACAUAGUCCAGCACACUAAUGAGGUAUACUCAAUUCAGAGUAAAAUCACAGAAGAGACAGAUAAUAUGAAUGAAGUUGUAUUAACAGGAAAAGAUAAGGGGAGUCCACAGCAUUUAAUCAUAGAAGGUGAAGAUAUGAAGAUAAAUUGCAAGGAAAUAACAACUGAGGAAAUAUGUCAAGAGGGGAAAGAAAUACAAAAUGAUUCAGAAAUAGAAAACAGGGAGAAAACUUCAGUGAAUUCUUGUGUAGAGCCAGAGAAACUGCUAGAUGUGGCUGGAACUACAGAUGACGUUCCAGAGGUUGAAUCAGUUGAAAAAGAAAAAGUAGGGGGAGUAGAGGUAGAGAAAAUAGCAUUGAGUGAAAAUGUAGUUGGUGGUGUUGAUGAAACAGAAGAAAAGAAUGAAAAUGUGGAGAUUGAGGAAGGUACCUUAAAUGAGGUACGAAAGGAGGAACAUAUCAAAGAUGCCAGCAUGGUUCAAGAAAGCGUAUCUGAAAAGAAGAAUGAGCCUGAAGUUCAAAAGCCAAGUCAUGAUAAUGAGGUGAAAUCAGAAAAUAGGACUGAACUGACUGAAGUGGAAGAUGCAGAAAAGGCAAGUAGCUCACGCCCAGCAGGGAAACGUGAUGACGGUCAACGGUCAAACAAUGCAACUCCAUUAAGACGCUCUCAAAGAUUUAAAGGUCAGCCUCAAGAAGGUGAACUGACAAGAAGAGUUCUCAGAAGUGGUACAAAAUCAAUCACAACCCCUUCCAAACAAAAGUAUGUGCUACAUAUCAAAACUGUGAAGCAACAAGAGGAAAGUGCCCAAGCAGAAGGUAAGCAUGAAGUUGAGCAGAAGGAACAAAUUAUGGAGUCACACACUGGCGUUGCAGAGAGAGAAAAAAUGGAGACAGUAAGAAUUACCAGUGUCGAAGAUAAUGAACAUGUAAAAGAUGAUUCUGAGGAGAAAAGCUCACUGGAUAAGGGAUGCUUUGAACCAGAAACAAGUGAUGACCAUGACCUCAAGAAAGUGGAAGAUGGUUCACAGUUUAAAAAUAAGGUGGAUGAAGAAUGCCAAAUGACAAACAAAGAUGCAUCUUUUGAAGAUGCAGAGACAAGCAAACAUGGUACAAAAAUGAAUGAAGCAGAUGUUCAAAUGGAAGCUCAAGGGAAAUCAACACUACAGUCUAUUGGAGAGCCUGUUGAAGAACAAGAGGAGGAAGCAAGAGAAAUGUCACAGAAAAAAGAGCUGUUACAGACACAAUCUCUGGUUGAACCAGCUGAAAAAGAGCAAACAGAAAGUGAGCAGUUAGUGAAAAUGGCAGAUACUGUAAAUACAGUGAUGACUGAGGUUGUAGACAAAACUGAAACAGAAGAAAACAGUAAAGAAAAGAUGGAGGAUGAGAUGAAAUCUGUAUCCAAGAAUGAAAACACAGGUCCAGAGUCAACUGAUGCAGACCAAGGCUUCACUGAGGUAGUGCAAGAAGAGGAACUUCUAAAGCAGAGCAAACUUCUUCCAAGCAAUAAGGAAUUGGAAAUUGAAGACAUCAGUAAGCCAAGUUAUGGUGACAAUGAGACUGCUGAAGAAAUAUUACAGUCUCCAGAGGGGGGAAAUCAAGAACUUGAUAAAAUAGCAGGUGCUGAUGAAAACCGAGAGGACAGCAAAGAAAAGGAAGAAGUGGUGCAGCAGACAGAAUCUCUGGUUGAGUCAACUGAAAAAGAUCAAGCAGGUGAGAAUGAGACUUCUGUUGGAUCGACACAGCCCCAGGAUGAUGUUGCAGAGAAAGAAGAUGCAUUUACAGAGAUGGAGGUAGAAGAAUCCAUGACAAAGAGCCUUAAGGAGCAAGUUGUAGAAGUGAGUGCAGGCAAGAUGCUGAAGACAGACAGUGAACAAGAAGAAAGUAUGUUGGCAGAAGAAAAACUGAAAGAUGAUGGAGCAGGAGAGAUCACAUUAGAAGAAGAAACAGGUGUAGAAGUUUCUGAAAGUACAGUAGAAAUGUGUACAAGUGAUAAUGAAAAACAUCAGGAAGAGGAUCAGGAGAGAGUAACAACUUGCCAUGUCCAGGAAAGCACACUUGAAGAAGAGACAUCAGUUAUUAUCAGCAGAAGUCUCAGACGAAGAACAGUAACAGUCAUGCCUUCACCACAAAGAAAAUCUAAGAAUCUCCAAAAAACAGAGGUGGACAUGGCACAAAAUGAACAUACAGUGUUGAUUGAGGUUACAGACAACACUGAUAAAGCCAGCACUGAAGAAGCAAAAGAAAAUGAAGAUGAAAAGAUGGAGGCAGAGGACAGUGCUGGAUCAAGGGAUGAAGACAGGUUUCCAAAGUCAACUGAUACAGAUCAAGGCCAGGUGGAGGUGGUGCAAGAGGAGGAACCUCUGAAAGAGACCAAAACUUUUCAAGAAAUUCCAGGAAAUGAGGAAACAGAAAUUAAAGAAGUCAUCAAGCCAUUCUGUAGUGAUGAGGAGGAUAAGUCAAGUAACUGGACUGAACCAAUUGCAGAGAAAGAUUCAGAUAAGGCAGACAACUCAACCUCAACAGGAAAACAUGCUGACAGCCAAAGACCAAACUAUGCAACACCAUUAAGGCACUCUGAAAGAUUUAAAGAUCAGCCUGUAGAAGGUGAAUUGACAAAAAGAGUUCUCAGAAGUGGUACAAAAACAGUCACAGCCAUUUCCAAAGAAAAGUCCAUACAACACAGCAAAACUAUGAAGUAUAAAGAGGUAGGUGCACAAACAGUAGGUGAGCCUGAAGUUGAGCAGAAGCAAGAAGCAAUGGAGUUACUCACUGAAGCUGCACAGGGAGAAAACAUGGAUGGAGAGAAUAGUGAAAAUCUAACUGAUAGUCUUCAGGAGGAAAGCAAAGUGGAAAAGGAAUAUUUAGAAGCAGAAAAAGCUCAUGACCAUGACCUCAAGGAAGUUGAGAACAAAACGGAAGAUAGUUUACAAAAUGAAACAAUCGAAGAUGGUAAGAAAAUAGUAGUUGUGGAUCAUGAUGAAGCUGAUGUUGUGAAAGAUGCUGAAAUAGAAGUUGAAGGGAAAACAGGACAAGAGCCAGCAGAAGAGCAAGUGGAGGAACCAGUCACAGAAAUGGCACAGAAAGAGGAUGGGGAGAAUGUAGUGGAAUCUAUGUCGGAUUUCACACAGCAAAAAGCUGAUGUUGUGUCACAGGACAUUCCCCGUAAACAAACAGAUAACACUAAGGCUACUAAGGAAACAUCUCAGUCUCCUGAAGAAGCAGAUCAAGAACUGGAUAAACCAGCAAGUACUCAAGAAGACACUGAUGAGAGCAAAGACGAGGAAGAAGUGGUGAAGCAGACACAAUGUCGUGAUGAACCAGCUGAAAAAGAAGAAACAGGUGGGAAUCAGACUUCUACUGAAACAUCACAAUCUCAGGAGGCAGACUGGCUAAACAAGGCAGAUGCAUUGGCAGAGAUGGGGGUAGAGGAACCGAUGACAGAAGAGCAGGUUGUAGUGCAUGCAGAUAAGAUGCCAAAGUCAGGCAGUGAACAAGAGAAGAGUAUGUUGGCAGAAGAAACACUUACCAAAACAAAUACCAAAACUCUUCGAGAUGCACCAGGCAAUGAGGAGACAAUUAUUAAAGAUAUCAGUGAGCCAAGUCAUGGUGAUGAGGAGAAGAAGUCAGAUAACUGGACAGAAACAGUUGAACAGGAUGAGUCAAUUAACACAGACAAUUUAGGCUCAACAGGAAAACAUUCUGAUGGGAAGAGAUCAAACUAUUCAACUCCAUUAAGACGUUCUAAAAGAUUUAAAGAUCAGCAUAUAGAAAGUGAACUGACAAAAAGAGUUCUCAGAAGCGGUACAAAAACAGUCACAGCUCUUUUCAAACAAAGGCAUGUGAAACACACCAAAACUGUGAAGCAGCAGGAGGAAAGAGCACAUGCAGUAGGUGAGCCUGAAGUUGAGCAGAGAGAAGAAAUCAUGGAGUCACACCCUGGAGUUGCAGAAGAGGAAAAAAUUGAGACACUAAACACUACCAAUGAAAGGGAUAAUGAAAAACUGACCGCUCUACAGGAUAGAGCCCAGGAGGACAGUGGAGUGGAAAAGGAAUAUUUAGAUGCAGAAUCAACUCAUGACCAUGACCUCAAGGAAGUAAAGAACAAAAUGGAAGAUGACUCACAGAAUGAAACAAUUGAAGAUUGUAAAAAAAUAGUAGUUGUCGAUAUUGAGGAUGCUGAAGUUGCAAAAGAUGCUGAAAUAGAAGAGAAAUCAACACAACAAUUGGGUAAAGAGCCUUUUGAAAAGCAGGAGGAGGAACCUGCCACAGAAAUUGUGCAGACAGAGGAUGGACAAAAUGUAGAAUCCAGGUCAGUUUUCACACUACAAGAAGCUGCUGUUGUGCUUGUGGAUUUUAACAAAGUUCCCCCCAAGCAAACAGGUGACAGUGAGACGACUGCGGAAACAUUACAGUCUCCAGAGGAGGGAGAUGAAGAACAAGAUAAACUAGCAAGUACUGAAGAAAACCGAGAGGAGAACAAAGAAGAGCAAGGAAUGAUGAAGCAGACGGAAAGUCUGGUUGAACAAACUAAAAAAGAACAAACAGGUGAGAAUGAGACUUCUACUGAAGCAACAGAGGAGGAGAUGGGGGUAGAGGAACCCAUGACAGAAAGACUAAAGGAGUGUGUUGUGGAAGUAGGUGCAGAUAUGAUGCUGAAGACUGCCGGUGAACAAGAAGAGAGUAUGUUGACUGAAAAAAAACCAGAUGACAGAGCAGGAGAGAUUAUAUUAGAGGUAAAAUCAGGUGUAGCAGUGGCUGAAAGUAUAGCAGAAAUGUAUACAAGUGAAAGUGAAAAACAUCAGAUAGAGCAUCAGGAGAGAGUAACAACUGGCUACGAGGAGGCUGUCAAGGAAAGCUCAACUAAGGAAGAGACACCAAUUAUCAUCAGCAGAAGUCUCAGACAGAGAACAGUCACAGUCAUGUCAACGUCACAAAGAAAAUCUAAACAUCUUCAAAAAACAGAGGUGGAAAUGGCAGAGAAUGAAAAUGUACAGAUAACUAUGGAGAAAAUUGAGCUUAGUGCUGUACCAAAUGAUGAGUCACCUGUCAUAGACCAAGGCCAGAUGGAGGUGGUAGAAGAAAUCGAACAUGUGAAAGAGACCAGCACUCCUCAGGAAAUCCCAGGUAAUGAAGAAUCAACAAUAAAAGAACUCAGCGAAUCAGAUCUUUCAGAUAAAACAGAAGUUGCUGAUAGUUACCCAGCUGAAGUUGUAAAAGAUGCUGAAACAGAAGAAAACAAAGAUGAAGUGAUUGAGGCUGAGGACAGUACCAUAUUAAAGGAUGCAGACAGAGUUCCAGAAUCAACUGAUACAGACCAAAGCCGGAUGGAGGUGGAGGAACCAGCCGUAGAAAUGAUACCUGGACAGGGUGAGCAGAAAGCAGAGGAUACCACAGCAGGUUUGAAACUGCAGAAAGCUUCUAUUGUGCUUGUGGAUUUCAACAAGCUUCCCCCUAAACAAACAAUGGACAGUGUAACUGCUAAAGAAACAACACUGCCCCAGGAAGAGGUAUGCCAAGAACUGGAUACACCAGAUAUCAGUGUGUACAUAGAGGGGAGUAACACAGAGGAUGAAGGUAUAAAACAGACAGAAACACUAACUGAAUCAGCUGAAAAAGAACAAAUGAAGAUGACAGAUGAAGGUGUAGUGAAAAUUGCAGAAAGGGAAAAUGUAGAAACAGAGGAUGUUAAGAAUAAAACUGCUAAGGGCACUUCUGAAAUAAGAGAUAAUAAUGAUGAAAAGAUGGAGAUUGAGGGAGAUGGUGUAAAAGAAGAUGAAGACAGAGUUCCAGAGCUGAUACCAGAGAAUGAACCUGCUGAAGAGACUAGUACUCUUCAGGAAAUACCAAGUAAAACUCAAAUCCAAGAGCCAAGGCAAGCUGAUGAAGAGAAAUCAGACCAUCAAACUGAAGAGGAAUUUUCAGAUACAGCACACAAAGCAGACAGAGGAAAACAAGAAGAAGUUGGAACCCCAGUAAGGCAUUGUAGACGAUGUGCAGAUCAGCCCACAGUAAGUGAAUUGGCUAUAAGAGUCCUCAGAAGCUCUACAAAACAAGUCAAAGCCACUCCCAAGCAGCGAUACACAUGGCAAACUAAAGCCAUGGUGCAGAAUGAAGAAAGUGAACGAACAGUGGAUAAGCCUGAAGAGAAAAGGGAAAUUAAGGCGUUACAGAAUGAUGUUGCAGAGGGAGAGAAAAUGGAGACAGUUACCACUGAAGGGGCUACAGAAAAUAUGAUUAUAUCUGUAGGUCGCAGGGUUGAGGAAAAUAAUGAAUUAGAAGCUGAACAAAUUGAGGAAAGUGUGGUGGCUAAAGAUAUCAGAUCUGAACAGUAUUCAGAAGAAAUUACAACAGAAGGUGAGAUUGAUGAAGCUGCACUGGCAACCACAGAUGAAGAGAAAAUAUCAAAUCUUCAUAUUAGUGACAUUACAAAAGAUGCUGAAAUGGAAGUUGAAGAGAAAACACCAGCACAAUCAGUUAUAGAGCCUGUUGAAGAGCAAGCAGAGGCAGCAGUCACAGAAAUGGCACAGAAUGAAGAUGGGCAGAAUGCAAUCAAGCCCACUUCAGCUUUCAAUCUUCAGAAAGCUACUGUUGUGCUUAUGGAUUUCAACAAAGUUCCACCCAUACAAACAGUUGACAAUGAAACCACUGAUGAAUCAUCACAGUCUCAGAAGGAGGUAGAUAAACAAACAAAUAUUGAUGAAAACAGAGACGAGAGCAGUGAAGAUGAUGGAGUAGUAAAGCUGACAGAAUCACUGGUUGAAUCAGCAGAAAAAGAACAUAAAAUUGGGGAUGAGGCUGCACAGCCUCAGAAUGAGGAAGGCCUAGACAAGGCUGAUGUUUUAGAGGAAAAUGAACCUCUUGCAGAGGUAGAGGAGCCCAUGACAAAGAACCUAAAGGAGCCAGUUGUGGAUGUGGGUGCAGAUAACUCAUUGAAGACAGGUAGUGAACAAGAGGAGACUGUGUUGGCAGAAGAAAAACUGAAAGUUGAAGAUAUUAUGUUAGAGGCAGAAUCCACUGCAACAGUAUCUGUGUGUACUAAUGAAAAUCAUAAAGACGAUCAGGAAAAUAUAACAACUGGCUAUGAGGAGACUGUCCAGGAAAGCUCAACCGAAGAAGAGACCCCAGUUAUUACAAGCAGAAGUCUCAGAUGGAGAACAGUAACAGUCAUGUCUCCACCACAAAGAAAAUCUAAACAUGUCAAAAAACCUGGGGUGCAAACAGAUAUUGGAAAAGCUGAAGCAGUCAAAGAUACAGAUGUAAGUGAAGCUGAAAAAACACCAGCAAUAUGUUUACCUACAGAGGUCAGUAUGCCUGAAAGAGAUGUGGAAGAUGCCAGCGAAUGUGGAAAAGUGACCUCUGAAACAGAAACACAUGAAUGUAUUUUAGAGGAGCAGGGGACAGAGGCACUGGUUGCUCAUGAAAUGCCUGGAAUUGAAUGCAAAAUGUUGGCUGUUGAGGGAGAUACCAUUAUGAAAGAAAGUGAAGAUAAAGAAAAGGGUGAAAUGGCAUCAGACACUGCAGUCAGUGCUGAUGCAGAGGCCACUACAAUAGAAGCAGAAAAAGUAUUACAGGUGAAGAGCACUGAAGUGGACCAUGAAAAAGAUGAGAAUAUAGAAGAAGAGAUGGUCUUACUUAUACAGGACAGUGCUGCCCAGGAAAAGGAGUUGGAGAUACCAACUGGUAGUCCAACAAAUGUGGUAAAAGAGGCCGCUACACAAGCAGAGGAAAUAGUGGAAAGUGAAGUGGAUAGCCUUGGAAAGGAAAGUAAUCAAAAUACAAGUGUGACUGAACCUGCUCAAGAGACCACUGAAGAGGAGGUCCCAGAGGAAGAAGAGGAGCCUAUUAUGACAAGGAAUCUCAGAAGUAGAACAGUAACAGCCAAGUAUCCAAUGCGAAGAAAAUCUAAACGUCUCUGUCAAGAAGUGGUGGAGACACCUGUUAAAAGCCCACAGCCUGAGAAGGAAGCAGCAUUGGUAGAAGCUUCAAAUGAAAGAGAAACAGUGGAGCCCAUUACAAUUGUUGAAGAGAAGAACGAGAUAAAGAUUACAGAGAGAGAUUCAAAAGAUGAGAGUGAAGAUGCACAGUGGGCCUCUGAAGGGACGAGCAAAGAAGUCAUCACUUUAGAGGAGCGGGGAGGGGAAAACAUUGCUGAGACUGAUGGAGGAAAAAUGGAGAAGAUAACUGAUGGGGAGAAUGAAAUGGUGGAAGGAGUUCCUGAAGAUAAAGUGGAAGAGAGCACAACUGAGGGUGCAAAUAAUGAAGAAGUAGGCAUGAAAAUCUGUGUAGAAGGCAGUGAUUUAAUAGAUAAUGAUAUGGAAAAAGAAGCAGAUAAGACAGAUAAGGAGGAGGAAGGCAGUACAAAACCUGAACAAGAAAAUAAUCAAGUGCAGAACAUCCUAGACAAAGUUGAGGUGCAGUUGCUUGAGGAAAAGUCUGAGGGAGAAUCUAGUCUAGUUAAAGAAAAAACACAGAUAAAAGAACCAGAGGAUAAAGAUAAAUUGUCAACUGCAGAAGAAACUCUAGAUGAAGUGGAAGAGGCAUUAUCGGUUGAAAGAAGGUCACUGAGAAAAAGAACAAUAACUAUUAAAGCCACAAGUGAAAGGACAUCUAAACGGAUGCGCAAACAAAAUCAGGAUGAACCUGAGCAGGCCCAGUCGAGAGAGCUUGUAAAUAUGUCAGAGGAGGAAACAGAUACUACGACAGAGGCUGCCAGAGGAGAAGACAAAGCAGAGGCAGAUGAAUGUAAGGAAGAGGCAGCAGAGCAUGAAAACAAGAUUACAGAUAAAGGUGGUAGAACAGCUGAUACAGUAGAAGAGAUUGAAGAGGAUCAAGAGGGGGCAGAGCCAAAAGAGAAGAAUGGAAAUGAAUGUAAUAAAAUUAGUCUUACUCUAGAUGAAGGCUUCACUUUGGAGUUGGAGGAGGAGGAAGAGAAUAAUGGCCCACAGGAAAACAAGGUAGUGGAGGAGAUGGAGGCAUCAUUAAUGGAAUGUCUAAAUGUGGCCUCUACAAAAGAACAUAUCACAGAUAAGAAAGAAGAGCCUGCUGUGAAAAAAAGACAAGUUCUUCAAGGGAGAUCAUCUGCAGCAGCUUCACCUGAGCAAAGAUCCCCAAGGCGGAGCAAGCGAUUUCUUAUGGAGAGUCAGAGUGAAAUGGAAAGUAGGUCAGAAGUAGAGGUCACUAAAGAGAAAGAGGGCAAAAAGAAACCUCAGCAAAAAAGAAAAGCCAUUGUUGAUCUAACACCUCGCAGAUCUAAACGCCUUGCGAGACCAAAUAUUGUAUAGUUCCUAGCCUGCACAGGGCUUCAUAUGCAUUCUUUAAGGGACCAAAAGAAUACUACUACUAUCAUUUUUACUAUCAUUACAGUUUUUAAAAAAUUACAUGUAAACUUUUUGAUUUCAUUUUGUAAUUUUCAGAUUUUUAUCUUUUUAAAUUUGACUUUUCAAUAUUUUCAAGAUGUUUUUUUGAUAUUUCCUACUCUAUUUUAUUAAGCACUUCAAAGGGAUUGCUAUUUAAUGGCAUAUUUCCAAUCUUACAUCUUUCAUCACAAAUGUGAAAUCAACAGUGACCCUGUGUAUGUGUUUUUCUCAUACAUUCAGGCAGAAUACAGUGAGUUUACAUAUGGAAAUCGUUCACUAAAAAUUCUGAUUGACUCAGUUUUCUUACCCCAAACUGUGGGCUGGCCAAGAGAUUUUUUUAUGGUUUUGCACAGGAGCAAAGAGGCCAAUAUAGUUAAAAUGUGAUGUAAGUGUCUGCCAGCCAAAAUAUUUUAUAUUACCAUUGUAAUAUAUUAGCAUUGUAGCUCCACUGCAAAACCAAAGAAGCAAACCUCAAACAUUAAACAUGUCUUGGCCUGUUGACUAGUACUGGAGUAAGGGGAAAUUGUUUUCUGUGAACCAUUCCUUUUAAUUCUGUGAGCAAAAUAUUAUUACUUCCUUUAUUGUGUACAAAACAAUUAUUAAAACUAUUUUAACAUGUUCAGUAGUUUUAGGUUUUAGAUCAUUUUCAAGGGGCAUAUAUCAGUUUAAGCUAUUUCCUUUAAUUCUCAGAUCCAGUGUUUGUAUAAUUAACUGCAGUUAGCUGCCAAAUCUGUGCUCUGAAAAUCUCAUCACAUGUUAUCUAUUAGAAAUCUUCUGCUCUUGAUUCUGACUUUAAAGUAUGCUGCAGGUAGUAGUAGAAGUCAGUGUUUCCCAGCCCUGGUCCAGAAGCCCCCCCGUUUUGCACAUUUUUACAGGGCCUGCUCCGAUCCCACCUGUUCCAACAAAGCAGCUCAAUAACAGCCCCUUACUGAGUUGAAAUGGGUGUGUUAAGGCAGGGCUAACACUGGUGUAGGUUAUCCACUAGCAAUAUACACUAGGAUAUUUUACGUAUAUGCACUUAACUGUUCUUAUUAAUAGCAAUUAGUCACAACUGUGAAACAUAUUUGAUCAUUUUGAUAUUUUGUUUCUUAUGUUAAACAUAGCACUGUCUUCUGGAAAUCACAGCAAAUGUUAGAUGUCACCCAUUUUGACAUUUGUACAUGUGCAGUUUAUGUACUAUUUUCCAGUAAAUAAAGUGUAGUAGAAAUGUUUCUUUUCCUGUACUACUACAUAGUAGUGGUGAUAUCUUUGCUGUUUAUUUUCCUUUUUUGUGGUUUGUUAUUUCUUGGUUUCUUACUGGUUUUAAUAAACUUUCAAACAGAUAUUUCCA